CAAGAAACGAAUCACUAAAAAUAAUUUAUGAAUUUGCUAGAUACGUUUAUCUAAAGAGAUUUACGUUGCAUUCAGGCUAUACAUUCUGUAUCCACUGGAAUCCAACCAUCUGUGCUUGUUUGAAAAAGAAAAAGUGUUAGUCUAAGUCAGUCAGCAUGUGCCUAUCUGUGAUGUUUGGCGCGUGCGCUCUCAAAGCCGUUAUCAAACAGCCAUGUUGAGUCUCUGAGACAGAAAUGACUCAAUAUCCCACUGAAAUAAGGAUAAAUAUCUCCACGACGGUCUGAAUAUGAGCGCGUCACCACGGCUGUCAUCGAAAAGCCAUCCGGAGGCGCUUCCAUCUUCUAUGGCCCCUUCCCUGUAGCCAGCUCUUUCUGCAAAACUGUUCUCAUCCGAUUUUUAAUACGCAGUACAGUAAACACAGAGCUGAACUGUGUGUCAUGUCAGGACCUGUGGCGAGUCGCGCCAGAGUCUACACUGAGGUCAACACACAACGGCCCAGAGAAUACUGGGAUUUUGAAUCGCAUGUUAUUGAGUGGGGCAAUCAAGAUGAUUUUAAACUGGUCCGCAAGUUAGGCAGAGGAAAGUACAGCGAAGUGUUUGAAGCAAUCAACAUUACAAGCAAUGAGAAAGUAGUGGUUAAAAUACUAAAGCCUGUGAAGAAGAAGAUAAAGCGUGAAAUAAAGAUUCUCGAGAACCUUCGCGGAGGUCCAAAUAUCAUUACCCUCCUGGACAUCGUCAAAGACCCAGUGUCCAGAACACCUGCCUUAGUUUUUGAACAUGUGAACAACACAGACUUUAAGCAACUGUAUCAGACACUGACAGACAUUCGCUUAUACAUGUAUGAGAUUCUGAAGGCUUUGGAUUUCUGUCACAGUAUGGGUAUUAUGCACAGAGAUGUCAAACCACACAACAUCAUGACUGAUCAUGAGCACAGAAAGUUGCGUCUCAUUGACUGGGGACUGGCUGAAUUCUAUCACCCAGGACAGGAGUACAACAUCAGAGUCGCCUCUCGCUACUUUAAAGGACCAGAACUACUGAUAGAUUACCAGAUGUAUGACUACAGUCUUGGUUGUAUGCUGGCCAGUAUGAUCUUUAGGAAGGAGCCAUUCUUCCAUGGACGUGAUAACUAUGACCAGUUGGUGAGAAUAGCUAAAGUUGUUGGAACAGAAGAUCUUUAUGAUUGCAUUGAUAAAUACAACAUUGAGCUGGAGCCUCGAUUUAAUGACAUUCUGGGAAGACAUUCCCGCAAGCGAUGGGAGCGGUUCGUUCACAGUGAAAACCAACACUUGGUCAGUCCUGACGCUCUUGACUUUCUGGACAAGUUGUUGCGUUACGACCAUCAGACCAGACUGACUGCAAGAGAGGCCAUGGAGCACCCCUACUUCUUCCCUGUUGUGAAAGAUCAGACUCGCAUCGCAGGAUCAACUACUGUGCCAACAACUAACACUGCAGUGAGCACUGCCACUAUGAUAACAGGUGAGCUACCGAGCAUAUAUCAGACUCUUCGCCUGCUUUAA